AUGCCCAGCAAAGAGUACACGCAGCUACCCCUCCACGAGGAUGGCCUCCCCGCUGCCGCCCCGAAGCGCAUCGGAGGCUGGAAAGUCGGCAUCCCGCUCGGCAUCCUCUUCCUCCUGGUCACGGCGAUGGGCACCGGCUUUGCAGGCUGCAAGGACAAGAUGAACGGCCUCGGGUUGAUGGGUGCUCAUGGCAAGGGCAUGCACGGUUCCCAUUCUGCCUCCCUCGCUGCGUCGGCAUGCCCUGUCCAGCCCGCACCCCGCUCUGUCGGUAUUGACUGGAACCCGGCCGCAGACGAGGACUACGCACGGAUGGCCGCGGCGCGCCUGUCUGCCGCUGUCCAGAUCCAGACGGUCUCGUAUGACGACCUGCCUCAGGACCCCGAGAACGAGCGGUUCGAUGGCCACUACGAGUUUGCCCGCUGGAUGGGAUCUACGUUUCCGACGGUCUACGCCUCGCUCGAACACGAAAUGAUCAACACCCAUGGCCACCUGUUUACCUGGCGCGGAACCAAGCAAGGUGGCAAGCCCAUCAUGCUCAUGGCUCACGAGGACACUGUUCCUGUCAACCCGGACACCGUUGACCAGUGGACCUACCCUCCUUGGUCAGGUGCGGUGACCGACGAUGCGACCCCAAACACUCCGGGAACGUGGAUCUGGGGCCGUGGCUCGUCGGACUGCAAGAACUCGCUCGUCGGUAUUCUCGGCGCUAUCGAGCGUCUUAUCGAGGAGGAUUACGUGCCCGAGCGUGACGUCCUAAUCGCGUACGGCUUUGACGAGGAGAUUGGCGGCGGUCGUGGUGCCAGGCCCAUUGCUGCUGUCAUUGAGGAGCGCUAUGGCCAGGACGGCGUCGCGUUCAUCAUUGACGAGGGAUUCAGCGGUAUCCAGGACGUUUACGGUACCCGUAUCGCUGCCCUCGGUAUGGCUGAGAAGGGCUCCGUCAGUGUCAACGUCAAGGUAGACACCCCCGGCGGUCACAGCAGUGUGCCGCCCAUCCACACCGGCAUUGGUCUCAUGUCGCGCCUCCUGACCACCCUCGAGGACAACCCCUACCCUCCCUCGCUUGAGGCUGGAGCGCCGUACCUCUCAUACCUGUCAUGUCUGGCUGCGUUUGCACCAGAGUUCCCUCCCAAGCUCGCCAAGCGCUUGAGGAACCCCAAGGACUGGCCGCAGCUUGCCAAGGACAUGGCUGCCGACGACCGCAUCGUCAACAGCUUCCUCGCUACCUCCACGGCCAUCGACCUCAUCCGCGGCGGCGUCAAGGUCAACGCCCUGCCCGAGACCGUUGAGGCGACCGUCAACCACCGCAUUGCGUUCACCUCGUCCGUCAACGAGACCCUCCAGCACUACCUCGACCUCCUUGUCCCGCAGACCGAAAAGCUCGGUCUCACCGCAGACUUCUUCGGACAUGAGCACGGCAAGAGCGACCGCCACGUCACGUUUUCCAUUGUCGGCAACGAACACAAGUCGGGUCUGGAGCCCGCACCCAUUACCCCUAGCGACAGCGAGGCGUUUGCCUUUAUUGGAGGCACCAUCCGUGCCGUCUUUGGCGACCAUACCGUCAUCACUCCCACCGGCAUGUUUGCCAACACAGACACUGCGCGCACAUGGGCUCUCACAAAGCACAUUUACCGCUUCACCCCGGCGUACAUGGAGGAGACUGUGGCUCCGCACACUGUCGACGAGCGCAUCUCGCUCCGUGCCCACCUCUCUACCACCCAGUUCUACCACAGACUCAUCCGCAACCUCGAGGGAUGGCAAUCGUAA